AUGAGUAAAGAGGAAGUGGAGGAGAGCAUCAUGUCAUACCUGUCGCAGAGUGAGACUGACACCAGCCCCAAAGACUUGAAUGUAGUGGCCAUGCUCCAUAACUUCUGGGAGCAGAGGCAGACGGGUCAGAUAAACGGCUCCUCCAGUGAGUCAGAUGGUUCUGUUGGGGACGCGGCUCUCCACACAGAGAGCCUGCUGCUGUACGAGUCUGCACCGUCCCCUGGUCCUCCAUACGUCUGCUACGUCACCCUGCCUGGAGGAAGCUGCUUCGGUAACUAUAAGGUGUGUGACACUCAGGCGGAGGCUCGGAGGGACGCAGCUCGCGUGGCCCUGAUGAAUUCACUAGUGAACGAGUUGCCAUGUCGACGCAUCAACCCUCAGUUCAUCACUCAGAGUUUGCAGCAAGCGGCCACAGACAGCGCUGUCUCUAUGGAAGAUGCUUGUGAUUCAAACACCAGUAUAGGAACCUACAGUUUGCUGCUCCACUCCUACAUCGGAAGGACCAUGCUGGAGUUUCAGGAGAUGAUGACAAUUUUCCAGUUGUUGCAGUGGAACGGGACACUGAAGGCUUUGAGGGAGAGGCAGUGCUCUCGACAGAGUGUGAUUUCCUAUUACUCUCAGCGAGGACUCGAUGAGUACAUGCGCAGCAGCAUGGCUCUGGAUUGGCUCGGACGGGAGCAGAGGUCAGCGGGGCGGCUCGGGGAGGAGCUGCAGGUGGCGCAGAGGGAGCUGGUGUUGGCCCGGCGACGAGGCAUCGAGCUGCGCUUCUAUAAGGAAAAGACAGAGAUCCUCAGCUUGGCUCUGAGUCAAGCAUACAUUUACCACACACCCGAGGCCUUCAGCGAGGCACCAGGUGGCACGUCCAAGCAGGAACAACUUCCUUUACACACAUUAUACAGCCAGGACACAGAAGGCCAGAUAACCCCACCCUGCAGUCCUUCACCAAGCCUCCAUAAAAACCCAAAGCAAACAGUCUGCCAAACCUCUGGCAAACACAUGCCCUACUAACAGUCCUCCACAGUGCUCACAACACACUCAUGUGCCUUGACUCUGAACUGUGAGAACUCUGAGAAUGAGUUCAAACUCUGCCACUGGAGAUUUUACAUCUGUUCGGGAGAACAGAACAUAUCAAGCAUGGUCUUUAGGUUUUCUAUUACAAACAUAAAGCUUUCUGUCAUCACGAGAGUUACAAAUAGUGUGUAAAAAUGUAUAUUAAUGAUCUUCUCACCUUAUUAACACUCUCCUUGGGACUAUAGAACUUAAAGUUAUAUAUAGUGAAUUUACAACUUCAAACACAAAAAGUACAGCAUUCAACUUAGGGCUGCACAAUUAAUCAAAAUGUUAUUGAAAUGGCAGUAUGGACUUGUGCAAUAUUCAAAUUGCAGCGGGUGUCAAAUAUGUGUCAAAAUACCAAAUUUUAUUUCGUAUUCGGGUGCUGAAAAUAUGUCCUGGUCUUUUUUUGAAAGAGAGGUUUGUAAAAAAAUAUAUUUUUUUAAAU